GUUCGUCCAAGAUGUCUUGCCAAAUCCGAGCGGUCUCCCUGCUCGUCCUUGCCCUCGUCCUGCUGGCAGUGUCCUUUUCGGAGGCCAGUUUCCGGCGACGCCCCUUACCUGCUGGAGUGAGGGAAGCCGCGGGCGCCGCGAAUAAGUUCAACUCUCGGAUUGUCGGUGGAGAAUUGUCCGAUGUGUCGGCAGCUCCCUACCAAAUUUCACUGCAGAAUGCCAUUGGUAACCAUGUCUGCGGCGGCGCCAUUAUUGCCGAUCAGUGGGUAGUCACCGCCGCCAGCUGCGUGGCUGGCUUGAGGACGAACAACAUGAAGGUAGUGACCACCACGUACAAUGACUGGGGUGAUGCCGGCUGGGAGUACUCCGUGGAGCAGGUGGUGCCCCACUGCAACUUCGACAAGCCACUGUACCACAACGACAUUGCCCUGAUCAAGACCCAUGCCUUCUUCGACUACGACGAGGUGACCCAGAACAUAACCACCGCGGAGCUGGAGGAUCUGGUCGAGGGCGAAACCCUAACCAUGUACGGUUGGGGCAGCACCGAGAUCGGUUCGGACUUUGCCUGGCAGCUGCGUCAACUGGAUUUGACUUAUGUGCCGACGGAUAAGUGCAAUGCCACCUACGGCGGCACUGAGGACCUGGAUGUGGGUCAUCUGUGUGCCGUGGGUCGUGUGGGAGCCGGAGCCUGUCACGGCGAUGCCGGUGGAGCCUUGGUGGACGCUAAGGGACGACUGGUGGGUGUUGGAAACUGGGGCGUGCCCUGCGGCUAUGGCUUUCCCGAUGUCUUUGUCCGAAUGAGCUUCUACGAUAGCUGGAUCAAGUCUACGAUCAACGGAUGUGCCAUUUCCUAAGCAAUAAAGUCAUGUGAACUUUU